AGAAAAUCCAGAAAAAAGGAUAAGAUUGAGGCUCUAAAUUCACCAGUUUUCUAAGAAAUGAGAAAGCAGCUAGUUCACUUUACCCAACGCAAUCCACCUUCACCCACCUAACCCUAUCUAAACUAAUUUGAACUCUACAAGUAGUUACUCACGGAAAUUAACGUAAACUGUAACUGCUUCCUUAUUCAAAUCAUAAAAAACACCAUCUGUUACUAUUCUCAUGUCCGCUGAGCAAGACGUUUCAGCUAUGCCACCAGCCGAAAACGGCGCGGAGCCGGAGCACCAGUUUUCGGCUUCCGCAGAGCAGGACCCUGCCGCUCUGCUUGAGCAGCAGGAAGCCGGGGAAGCUGGUGCCGGCGCGGAAGCGACAAAUAUGGCAGGGCAAGAUGUCACCAGUCCCCUCCAAACAGAAGAACUACAGGCACUAGAAUCCCCCGACGCGGAGCUGGAAAAAGUUUCUGUUUCCACCCCCCUCCCCUCCCCGAAGCGGCUCCCCGGGCCGCGGCCGCCGUCCGCGAGCCCCGAACGCUGGAUGGCGUUGCUGAAGACGGACCGCGCGCCGGUCCCGCGGGUCACGAGCGAGAUGGUGGACACUCUGAAGCGACAGGUGUACGAAUUACGGACUUCCACCAGUGCCUCGGUCGCGUCCGAGCAGAAGCAGAUCAACGACAAGAAGAUGCAGGCCCUGACCCGCAUCGAGCAGUUGGGCGGGGAGGACAUUUUGAAACAGCUGGAAACCGAGUCGAAAAAGCUCACCAACAGCUACCACGAGCUGCAGCGGCUGCAGCGCCAGGCGUCCAUGAAAGAGGCCCGAUUACUGUCGGAGAUCGCGGAGAAAGAGGAGAAGUGGGAGACCGUCGUGAAGGAGAUGCUCGAACAAUACCAGCAAUUAGAGGUGGUCGCCGAGGACCGGCUGCAGCGCAAGGAAUUACUGUACGCCACGAACCAGCAGCUGCAGCAGGACUUGCAGGAGAUGACGAUGAAGAAAGACCACUUCGAGAAGUCGCUGAAAGCCUUCGUCGGGCGGAAGGCCACCUGCGCGGUGUGCGCGUACUUGAAGCACAGCGAGGACAUUUUGACCGGGUACGAGUCGAAAAACGAAGAAUUGAACGAGCAGAUGACAAAGCUGCUGCAGAUCAACAACAAACAGGCGGACAAGAUUCUGGAGCAGCGGAAGCAGAAUGAAUUGAUGGAGGUCAAGUACAAGGCGAUGGAGCACAGCUGCCGCCACUUCCGGAAAACGCUGGAGAAAUUAGACGAAGAGAUCAAAUUGGUGGACGGGAUGAAAACCAAAAUUUCGGAGCUGGAGUCCGGUCUAGCGUCGGAAAGGAAGAGAUUCCUGCAGUACAGCUCCGAAGUGGAGCCGCAAUUAGAGCAAUACGAACAGUUAAAGCCGGUGCACGCGCAGCUGCAAGUCGACUACCAGAACAGCUGCGACUACGUGGCGGUUUUGGAAGAACAGAAGAGCGAGUUGACCGCGGAGCGGGACCAAUUGACCAUCGAUUUGCACCAGACGCAGGAGGAACUCGCGAACAGCCAGAACCUGCUCGCGAAAACGGUCGAGAAGCUGCAGCAAGCGAAAUCGUCGCUGUUGCGGAACGUGUUGAAGGGGUGGCUGGUGAACGACGACCCGAUGGAAAUGCCGCGGUUGAUUGUCCAGGUGUGGCGGGACCAUUUGCCGGAAUUGAGGGAAGACAACCGAAUCUGGCGAUUGGAAAACGACCACGAACAACUGCAGAAGGAUCACGCAGGUAAUUCUAUUCAUGCUAUUUUGCUUUUGGCUUGUCAUGGACAUUCAUCCACAACUGAAAAAUUGUAUAAUUGUCUUUCUCUGCUGCAAGCAUGAAGUCGUCAAACACGCUAUAAGAAUGGUCUUCUAGUAGUAGUACCCGAUGCUCUGGUGCGCUGAUUUUUCCACCGUCAAACGCAAGGACAAAAUCAAAACCCUAUCACCAAAAAAACCACAUCAACCUCGCACACAGACCUGCAAGACGUGCACGCCACCGAGAUGGAGAAGUUUGCGAACUUGCGGGAAGAACACGCGCUGCUGGAGCAGAACCACCUCGCGCUGGAGGAAAACCACGCGCAGACCGUGCAGGAGCUCGCGGACGAGCGGGUGCUGUCCGAGGAGCUGCGACAGAAGGCGCUCGAGGCGGAGAAGCAGAAGGAAGACUUCCAGUUCCGGUUGAACCAGACCUGCGACCAACUGGAGGAGACGGAAAAGCAGCUGCACGACCUGAAUUUAGUCUUUGCGGCCCGCAUCAACAAGAUCACGGAAUUGGAGGACAAGGUGAACAAACUCCGCAUCGAAAACGACCGAUUGUGGGAACACCAGGGCAUCACGGUGUGCGACAAGCACUUCCUGAAACCCAUGCGCCCGGCCGCGCUGGACCAAAAGGUCGUCCGUGUCGGCGAAUUUCUGGUGGAGGACGGCGGGCGAGUGCAGUUCGCGACGGAGUAGACAACGGGGUGAGGAAGAGGAUUUUUUUGAAGGUCGAAUUAUGCAAUUUUACCCUAAGCACAAGAAAGUGUACUUAGCCCUGAGAAGAUCCACAUCCGUAGAUGACCUCAGCAUAAUUUUCCACUUUUUACCCCUUGCGAUUUUCACAUCACUACCCGUGAUGAUAUUUUUCAGUUUGCACUAAGUUUCUAGGCAAAUUACCCCUUUGCUCGUUUGUAAGGUUGUUUUUCAAAUUAUCAAUCCCGCAAGCAAAAAAGUUGUCGAUUUUUGUCGGCGACUGAUAGAAGUACGUACAAGAAUAUUAACACUUGCACUUGAUGUGCAAAAGUUUGAAUGUUACCCUACAAAAUUUUCUUUUGA